AGAUAUUAUGCAGCACCGGAGAGACGCGCGGACUCUGGCUGUAACGGGGAGCUGUUCGCUAUGCCAGCGAGGGUUUUACUAACCGACAUGUCGCCGCUGUACUGAAAAAUAGCACAGGUAUUGGUUUUGCCCAGCGAAAAGGUUCGUUUUUACAUGCUGUGCGUCUAAAUUGGAUACCGAAAAGGGGGGCGGGAGCAACAAGUGGAGUUUGGCGUAGAGAUUUCUCACAGCUAUGGAGGAGCAGAAGGAGCCCCACAGCAGCCGGGACUCCACCGAGGAGGAGAGCAUGUCCCUGUCGCCGAACCUCCCCUCCCCUCCCAUGAUUUUACCGCACCAGGCCGCGCAGCAGGCCCACAGAACCACGAACUUUUUCAUAGACAACAUCCUCCGGCCGGACUUCGGCUGCAGGAAGGAGCCGAGCUACCGGAGCCAGACGCCGGGGAGGGAGAACGUGAACCCGCUGGGAGCGAGGCCGCACACCGGCAGCCUCUGCCUGGACUCCAACUGCAGCAGCGACAGCACCUCCUCGUCGCCCUCCUCCUCCUCGUCCUCGUCGUCGUCCACGUCCUCCUCGCCGUCGUCCAAGCAGAACUUGUCGAAACAGGGCGAAGCGGCGAGCAACGGGACCGGCAGAUACGCAGACAGCCCCGGGGCAAUUAUGGUUGUGAGUGGCAGCAAUGGAGGGUCUCCGCCGGCGAAGGAGAGCCAGCCGAUGCUGUGGCCCGCCUGGGUUUACUGUACGCGCUACUCGGACCGACCCUCAUCUGGCCCAAGGACACGGAAACUGAAAAAGAAGAAGAGCAGCACCAAGGAGGACAAGCGGCCCAGGACAGCGUUCACGGCCGAGCAGCUGCAGAGACUGAAAACCGAGUUCCAGGCCAACCGGUACAUAACGGAGCAGCGGAGACAGUCCCUGGCCCAGGAACUGAACCUGAACGAGUCUCAGAUUAAAAUCUGGUUCCAGAAUAAGAGGGCCAAGAUUAAAAAGGCCACCGGCUACAAGAACGGCCUGGCCCUGCAGCUCAUGGCCCAAGGACUGUACAACCACUCCACGACCACCGUGCAGGAGGACAAGGAGGACAGUGAAUAACCGGGCCCGUGCACGAGGACAGUGAAUAACCGGGCCCGUGCACGAGGACAGUGACUAACCGGGCCCGUGCAGGAGGACAAGGAGGACAGUGACUAACCGGGCCCGUGCAGGAGAACAAGGAGGACAGUGACUAACCGGGCCCGUGCAGGAGAACAAGGAGGACAGUUAAAAACCGGGCUCCUGCAGGAGGACAGUGACUAACCGGGCCGGGACCCUUCCCUGCUGGGGGCCAACACCUGACUCUUUUGGCUUUUGGAGAUAAUAAAAAAAAAACGAGUGGAAGAAGUGGGGGAGACGCUAUUUAAAAACACAGAUUUCUGUUUAUGGUAACAGUAUAUGGACAUAAUUAUAUAAAUGAACGAUCGUUAUUAAAGUUUAUAUAGCCAAACAGUUAUCAUGUUGUAUACAGUAUAUUUAAUUUCAUCUCUCACCCGGAUCUUUUCUGUCUGUUCAUUGUUUUUUUUUUUAGGAUGUCUAAUUGGCUCUAUAGAGGUUUUUGUGCUCCACCUGUCCCCCAUAUCUGCGCCACAUUUCCCUUCAACACAUCAGACUCAGAACAAGCCAAAGAUUUUAAUAUGUUCACGUGUAGUCUGAAAUAAAGAGAGAGAACGGUA